CGCCCACCGAGGCCCCGCGUCCUUGCUAUUGGUUCCCUUCCCUGCGCCGUCCGUUGCCGUGGAGACCAAGGCUAUGGCAACCAGGAGAAGCCAAACUUGCUCAUCCCUUCGCUACCGCCAAGGGGUCUCUAGACUCUAGGCGGGGCGGACUCUCUCGGCGCUGUGCUCAUGGCGCUCUACGAGCUCUUCUCUCAGCCGGUCGAGCGCGGCUACCGCGCGGGGCUCUGCUCCAAGGCCGCGCUGUUCCUGCUGCUGGCCACCGCGCUCACGUACAUCCCGCCGCUGCUGGUGGCCUUCCGCAGCCACGGGUUUUGGCUGAAGCGGAGCAGCUACGAGGAGCAGCCGACUGUGCGCUUCCAGCACCAGGUACUGCUCCUGGCCCUGCUAGGAUCCGAGCGCGGCGGGUUCCUCGCCUGGAGCACGUUCCCCGCCUUCAACCGGCUGCAGGGGGAUCAUCUGCGCGUCCCGCUCGUUUCGACUAGAGAAGAAGACAGAAACCAGGACGGGAAAAUGGACAUGCUACAUUUUAAACUGGAGCUUCCCCUGCAGUCCACGGAGCAUGUUCUUGGUGUGCAACUCAUCUUGACUUUCUCCUACCAAUUGCAUAGGAUGUCAACCUUCGUGAUGCAGAGCAUGGCAUUUCUUCAAUCCUCCUUCGCUAUUCCAGGGUCCCAGUUAUAUGUGAACGGAGACCUGAGGCUGCAGCAAAAGCAGCCCCUAAGCUAUGAUGGCCUAGACGUGCGAUACAACGUGUCUGUCAUCAACGGAACCAGUCCUUUUGCCCAUGACUAUGACCUCACGCAUAUUGUUGCUGCCUAUCAAGAAAGGAACAUAACCACCAUUCUGACUGUCCCCAACCCCAUCUGGCUGGUGGGAAGGGCUGCCGAAGCUCCAUUUGUGAUUAAUGCUGUCAUCCGAUACCCUGUGGAAGUCAUAUCUUAUCUACCAGGAUUCUGGGAAAUUAUAAAGUUUGCCUGGAUCCAGUAUGUCAGUAUCCUACUUAUCUUCCUCUGGGUGUUUGAAAGAAUAAAAAGAUUUGUGUUUCAGAAUCAAGUGGUCACCACAAUCCCUGUAACAGCAAUGCUCCAGGGAGAACUCUAUAAGCAGCACUUAUCGUAAGAAGACCAUGACUCUAAGCAGGACCUGGCUACCUCAUAUUGUCUUCUGAGAACGCCACCUUAGGACACUUCUGAAAAGGGCCCAUGGACACGUGACAGCAUGUGUGUUUUUCCUACCAGCGACAAAGAAGAGUUCUUUCUAAUUUUUCUCUACACAAAUUCCAUAUCUUCUAAGUGCCUACCAGAAUCAUCAGAGACUAGUUUGUGGGAAGGUCUGAAAAGGCUAUAAUUUGCUCUCCCGCCCCCCUUUUUUUGCCCUAGACUUGAAUUUCAAGAGAAAACUAUAAUCAAUUGAGACAUGUUGGAAAGAGUAUCACCUCUAGUCAAGCAGACCUUUGCUUCCAUGAACCGAGAAACAUGCUAUGCAUUUCUUCCCCCAAUUGUAAGGCACUUUUGACUCUUUUCAGGGCUCUCAGAACAGAUAUGCAAAUCAUUAGCAUUUCCCCCAUUCAGAACUUUGAUUUCCAGAACUGAGAGGCCUUUAACUGGAGAACUGGAGAGAGAGGGAGUGCUCAAGAACAUGUGUGUGCACCCACGUGAGGGUGGGCAACUUGAGGACACUAGGACCAUCCACCUGCCCUCAGUCUAACAGACAUCUUCUGUCAUCAGCUCAGCUGAAAAGCCCUUUAUCCUGCCCUUAUGUGGCUGGCUCUUUGCCCUGCCUUUUGCUCUCUGUCUAUGCCCCUGGAGUAGCAGGCUGAAGUCAGAAGUGCUGUUUCAUUCACAAUCCUCUGGGCAACUGUGGGGGGAAUAAGGAUUGUAACCGUUUUUUUUUCUCUCUGGUCCUCACCCAACAGCCUGGACACUUGCCACUCCUCUUUCUCGACAGCCUCUCCCCCUUCCUGAAAAGGACAUGGGUGACAGAGGACCUGUUGUUGGUAUUGGCUCCCUGCCCAACAACCACAGAGUUUAUUUGGAGGGCUAGCGGGAAGCCCAGCUCCUUGUAUUUCCCUUGACUAAGGAACAGGGUGCCCAUCAGAGCCGGCCGCUUUGGGAGGGACGCAAGGAGCAGUGCGGGGAGGAAGAGGAUGCUAGCCUACGCAGCUCAGUCCAGCCUGGCCCAGACCAGAAUGGCGGGCAGUCCAGUCAGAUGACGCUCAUGACUAAGCGAGUGUCUGCAGGAGAAGAGUGCUGGGACAGGUCUUUGUUACACACAGAGACUGAUUUCUUUUCGCCCUAAGAAAACAUGGGGUUCGUCAGAGGAUGGAUAGAUCUGCUUUAUGAUCCCAAGAUGUCAUUGGUACUGAAAGGACACACCCACUAUGACCUGUGCUUCAGGCCCAGUCAUAAACACACACUUCAGUGUGUGCCUCAGUUUACCUUGGAGAUUCAGUUUUUAUUUCCAAACCACCUUUUCUUUCAGACUGACUAAAAUAAGUAUUUUGGAAACAAAGCUAUUUUGAAGUGUUCAAGCACACAAAAUCCUAACAGUGGCCCCUCUGGUUUUUCUUUUAAACUUUAGGACUGCUUAUUUAUAUGCCUAAAAAUUUUUUGAGAUUUCAAUCAAUGAAAAUUGGUUGCUGAAUUUUCUGAAUUACAAAAAGAUAAGGAGACAUGGAAAGACAGCUAAAGAUGUAUAGACAUUGCUUUGCAUUUUAUUAAAUUGUUUUAAUGUAAGACAAAAUUUGUAUAACAAACCAUGUGUUUCAUAACUUUCUAAUUAAAAUGUUCAAAAUG